AUAACAACUAAAUUGUCAAGUUGGAGCACGCACUUUACUAGUCCAAUACAACUAACAAGCCCGAAGUCUGAAGUUCACACGUGAUUGACGAAUACACCCAAGAACUACAACUAAGAAAACACACUGUGUGUCCUAAGAUCUAAGAAGAAGCAGCAAUGGCAUGUCCCUACAGAGAUAUAAAUGGUGAGGGUAGCAGUCAAGAAGGAGUGAACAAUGUCAUUAAGGGAAGUGUUGUAUAUGGGGAAUAUCUACAGUUGAACAAGCUACUAGAUGCCCAGGAGUUGGCCAGUGGGAAAGCAGGGAAGCCUGUGCAUGAUGAGCACCUCUUUAUUAUCACACAUCAAGCAUAUGAACUAUGGUUUAAGCAGAUCAUCCUGGAGGUGGAUUCUGUCAGGGAAAUGUUUUCAUCUAUCCUGGAUGAGAAGCACACCUUGAGCAUCAUCAGCAGACUCAACAGAAUUGUACUCAUAUUAAAGUUGCUGGUAGACCAGUUUCAAAUCUUAGAGACUAUGACCCCAUUGGACUUCAUGGAAUUUAGAGGUCAUCUCUCUCCCGCUAGUGGCUUUCAGAGUCUGCAGUUCAGGCUGCUUGAGAAUAAACUUGGAAUCAAACAGGAGAACAGAGUGAGGUACAACCAACAACACUACAUGGAGGUGUUCCAUGAUAACCCAUCUGUUCAAGCAUUAGAGGAGUCUGUAAACAGCCCAUCUUUACUUGAGCAGGUUGAGGGUUGGCUGUCAAGGACCCCGGGCCUGGAGACAGAUGCGUUUAACUUCUGGGGCAAGUUCCAGCAAGCCGCUGAAUCCUGGCUAGAUGAUGAUUUUUCUAAACCUGCACAGAUGGAGCCAGAUCCAGAUAUAAAAAGAAUGAAGAUUGAUGAAUACAAGAAACAUCAGGAAUCAUUUGAGUCUAUUUUCAACGAGAGCCUUUAUGAGAAUGCUAUAAAGCGUGGGGAGCGACGUCUUUCCCAUAAGGCUUUUCAAGGUGCCAUGAUGAUAUCUCUCUAUCGAGAUGAGCCCCGCUUUCACCAGCCGUCACAACUUAUCUCACUCCUGAUGGACAUUGACUCCCUUUUCACAAAAUGGCGUUAUAACCAUGUCAUGAUGGUACAGAGAAUGCUUGGAAGUAAAGCAGGCACAGGAGGAUCCUCGGGCUAUCAAUAUCUACGCAGCACAGUCAGUGACCGCUACAAGAUAUUCCUAGAUUUAUUCAACAUCUCCACAUACCUCAUCCCACGUCAUUACAUACCUUCACUCUGCCCUAGAAUGAAACGCAGACUGUCCCUCAAAGAGAGUUCAUCUAACAACAAUAUUGUCACAGAUAUGGGGAAAUUAAAAAAGACGUCAAUCUCAGAAGAGGAGAACUUACACGAGGAAGUUGAAUUUCAGAUAUAAUGUCAUAAUGUGUGAUAAUUGACCGAGAAGGGAUUUUCUCAACCAUUUUUUACCUCAU